ACUAGUCACUUCUCACUUGAGUUAAACUCAAAAAACAAUUUUUUCUCUGAGUUUAGAGAGAAGGGGAGAGAUGAAAAAUCUGAACUUGAAGUAGGAAUACGUGUUGGUCUCUCUCUUUAUAACACCAUUUCAUUUCUUUGGUUUUUGGUUCCUAUCAUUGUUAUCAUGGGGUUUUGAUUUAGUUAAGAAUCUCCAGUUAUGGAAACCUGAGAUUCUCAGAUCUCUGUUUUUUUGAUCAGUUUAUGUUGUUUGUUUUUGAUUUUUUUUUCAGUUCUAUGUGAUGUAAUCAUCACUAUCUGAUUCAACAACAUUAUCAUUUCAUAAAGAGAAAAAACCCAAAAAAUUUUCCUUCACUUUCUCGAGAACGUUUGAGUCUUUUCUCAUUUCUAAUAAAACCCAUUUGGUUUUUAGAUCUCUAGAUCUGUUUCCUUUUUUGUAAAGAUCAAAUUUUUUAGUUUCUAGAUCUGGGUUCGUCCUCUUCUUUGUUUUUUUUAGAAGUUUUUGAAUAAAAAUGAAUUAUUUCCCUGAUGAAGUAUUAGAGCAUAUUUUCGAUUUUGUAACAUCACAAAGAGACAGGAACUCAGUGUCUCAAGUGUGCAAACCAUGGUACAAAAUCGAAAGUACUAGCAGGCAAAAGGUUUUUGUAGGGAAUUGUUAUGCAAUUAGUCCUGAGAGAGUGAUUGAGAGGUUUCCAGGUUUGAAAUCUAUCACUUUGAAAGGAAAGCCUCAUUUUGCCGAUUUUAAUUUGGUUCCUCAUGAUUGGGGAGGCUUUGUUUAUCCAUGGAUUGAAGCUUUUGCAAGGAAUAAUAUGGGGUUAGAGGAGCUCAAGUUGAAGAGGAUGAUAAUAUCCGAUGAGUGCUUGGAGCUGAUUUCAAGGUCUUUUGCCAAUUUCAAGUCCUUGGUUCUUGUUAGUUGUGAAGGCUUCAGCACUGAUGGCCUUGCUGCUAUUGCUUCUAAUUGUAGGUUUCUGAGGGAGCUGGACCUGCAAGAAAAUGAUGUCGAGGAUCAUAGAGGCCAUUGGCUUAGCUUCUUUCCUGACACUUGUACUUCUCUUGUAUCACUUAAUUUUGCGUGUCUCAAAGGAGAUGUCAAUUUAGCAGCUCUUGAGAGACUUGUAGCUAGAUCUCCUAAUCUGAGGAGUUUGAGGUUAAAUCAUGCCGUGCCACUUGAUAUACUUCAAAAAAUAUUGAUGAGAGCACCUCAUUUAGUGGAUUUAGGUGUAGGGUCUUACGUGCACGAUCCAGAUUCUGAGACCUAUAAUAAAUUAGUGACUGCUCUUCAAAAGUGUAAGUCAGUCAAGAGUUUGUCAGGGUUUCUGGAGGCUGCUCCUCAAUGCCUAUCAGCUUUUCAUUUAAUUUGCCCGAACCUGACUUCCUUGAACCUAAGCUAUGCUCCAGGAAUUCAUGGGACCGAGCUCAUAAAGCUAAUUCGUCGCUGCAGGAAACUCCAGCGCUUAUGGAUACUGGACUGCAUUGGAGAUGAAGGAUUAGAAGUUGUAGCUUCCACUUGCAAAGAUUUGCAGGAAAUAAGGGUCUUUCCUUCUGAUCCAUUUGUUGGGAAUGCAGCUGUGACUGAAGUGGGCUUGGUUGCUCUUUCAAGUGGUUGCCCCAACCUUCACUCAAUCCUAUACUUCUGUCAGCAGAUGACCAAUGCAGCCCUCAUAACUGUAGCUAAGAACUGCCCCAAUUUUACCCGUUUCAGGUUGUGCAUCCUUGACCCCACAAAACCGGACACUGAUACCAAUCAGCCAUUGGAUGAAGGUUUUGGGGCUAUUGUUCACUCAUGCAAGGGGCUCAGGCGGUUGUCAAUGUCUGGUCUGCUGACCGAUAAAGUUUUCCUCUACAUUGGAAUGUAUGCCGAGCAGCUUGAAAUGCUUUCUAUUGCAUUCGCUGGGGACACUGACAAGGGAAUGCAGUAUCUAUUGAAUGGUUGCAAGAAACUUCGCAAGCUUGAGAUAAGGGACUGCCCUUUUGGUAAUGCAGCACUUUUAAUGGACGUGGGAAAGUAUGAAACAAUGCGAUCCCUUUGGAUGUCAUCCUGCGACGUUACACUUGGAGGCUGCAAGUCCCUUGCGAAGAAGAUGCCGAGGCUUAAUGUGGAGAUCAUAAAUGAAAGUGACCAGAUGGAUAUUACCGCUGAUGAUAGGCAAAAAGUAGAGAAGAUGUUCUUAUAUCGGACUUUGGCAGGGCGAAGGAAAGAUGCACCAGAGUUCGUGUGGACUUUAUAGGUGAAUCUAGGGUGUGUGUUUUUGGCCCUACCUGGCAUUUCUUUGUUAUUAAGUAGUAGUACUUUGUUUAGGCCAGCUCCAGCUGAUUUUAUGGAUUUUUUAGCCUGUUGGUGUUCUAGUGGCAUGCUACUAUUUUUUAAUUUGUAAGAGAUUUGCUACUUUGUACUUGGAUGUUUUUAUAAAUACAUAACUGUGCUAGUAUUGGCAUGAUCAGCCAGUUCCAUCAGGAAUUGGAUUCUCAA